AUGAUACUCGGCCUUCAGAAAAAUCAGAAUAGCCAAACACCAAAGUUUGCUGACCAUGCUCUAGUUUUUAUGUUGAGAGGGAUUGCUAAGAAGUGGAAACAGCCGUAUGCAUAUUAUUAUAGCACCAGCACUAUUCAAACGGCUGAUUUAGUCUCCUACUUGAAAUGUAUUGUCAGAAGUGUGAACAAAACUGGUCUUAAAAUUGUAGCAACUGUUUGUGACCAAGGAGGAACCAAUCGAGCUGCAAUAAAUUAUUUGAUGUCUGAAACAUGUAAAAAUUAUGCUGAACGUAAUAUGGAGAAAACAAAUUUAGGUUUUGAAAUUGAUGGCCAGGAAAUAAUACCAAUAUUUGAUCCUCCUCAUUUGUUAAAAUGUAUAAGAAACAAUUUAUUUAAUAAAGAUGUCAUUUUUGACAUGGACGGUAAUACUUAUACAGCGUCUUGGGAUCAUAUUGUUGCUAUGUACGAAUUUGAUAAGAAAAAUGAAGAAUUUGAACUAAGAACCCUUGUUAAACUAAACGACAACCACAUUAACAUUGCCAGAAGCAAAAUGAAAGUUUCAAAUGCAGCACAAGUCUUUAGCCACAAAGUAGCUUCAACAAUGAAAUUGGUGUCUGAUAAUGCCCCUAAAGGAAGUUUGCUGGCCAAUGCUGUAGGCACGGCCAAAUUUUGUCUAUUCAUGGAUAAGACAUUUGAUUCAGUUAAUGCCAGGACAAUCAACCCUGAGUUAGGAAAACCACUAAGAAGUGCAGUAACAGAUAAAUCUUCCCAUAUGGAUCACUGGAAAUAUGCCAUCAAGGUUUUUGAAUCUAUGAAGUUUGUCAACAAAACUAACGGUAAAACUACGAUACCCCCUUGUAUCAAGAACUGGAUAAUAUCUCUUAAAUCAUUUAUAUACCUUUGGCUUCAACUGAAAAAACGUAAUUUUAAAUAUUUCUUACCAAGGCAAGUCAACCAAGAUUCUUUAGAAUGUUUUUUCGGUAGUGUCCGCAGUCAUGGUGUCAGAAAUAUCAAUCCAGAUGCAUAUCAAUUUGUUUGUUCAUUUAAAACAUUAUUGAUAAACAAUUUCACAUCGUUAAAAUCUGCUGGAAAUUGUGAACACGAUGAUACUGAUGGAACAUUGGACAAUUUAAAGCAAUUUAUUGAAAGUGGCACACAUUGUGUCUUAAAAGAACCUGAAGAGAACAAUAUUAUAAUUGAUAUACCCAUGUUAGACCUACCACAUACAUUUGAAGUAUGUGAUUUCACUGAUAUGACAAUUGGAUAUAUAAGUGGAUAUUUAGCUUGUACGGUGCUAAAGGAAAAUAAAUUUUGUAGACUUUGCAAAAAUGUUCUUAUUUCAAAUGUCAAAAAUAAUAAUUUAAUAAGAGUUAGAGAUUAUACAACCAAAUCAUUACUUUAUCCUAGUGAAAGCUUUCAAAAAAUAAUAUAUCAAAUGUUGUAUACAACCAAAUAUAUUUUACCUAGUAUUGACAGUGAAAGUAUAGGCAAGCAAUUGAUAUUAUUAUUUGAAAUAAAUAUAGAUUUUACAAUUAAAUGUCCUAUUCAUGAUAUAAAAUAUUUAAUUUAUGAUAAAUUCAAAAACUUUUUUCUAUUCACUUACAUUAAACAUAUAAACCAUAUUUUAAAUGGUUUGGAUAGAAGUAACCAUUCAAAAAGUACAGAUAUUCUUAAAACAGCUUAA